AUGGCUCUCAGGGAAGCCGACGGAACUAUGCGCAUCCAGAAAGGCCACUUCGUCUACUGGAUGGAUUCCGAUAAGGAUAUUCCCAGAGGAGAUCUCGGCUGGGUCAGUCUUACUCGAGGCUACGAUGGUAAGAUUGGAGUGCUUUUCCCUGGCCCGGAUGGGAUCAGACCACAUCCAUGGCAGGGCGACUUGUCACAUGAGAAUCUCUACAAAUCCUGGUUCCAGAAGCUGAUGUGGGUUCAUGUUGCCGAUGUGCCGGGUGUGCCAUUCUCGGACAUUGGCUACGUGUACGAAUACGGCGGAGGAGACGUGCAGGUGACGAUGAAAGAGGCGCUGAUUCAAGCACCGCCGGAAGCCAUCCACCGAUGCGACUUCCAGCAUCGCUCUUGGGUGCACAUCCUGGAUCACCCUGAAAGCGAUCUCGUGAGCUUUGUGGGCACUUACAUGAAGAGCGGCAAGGUUGUUGCGUACAGCCCGUCGGGGAGGUGCGCCGAGUACGAGACCUGGCAGUUGGCCCUGGCGCGUGUGCAGGAGAAGUCAUGGGUGCUCUCGGACAAGGGCGAGGUGGGUGUUGCCAAGGAUGAUGAUAAAGGGAAGAUCGUCGUGCGUUUCCCAAGCAGCGGCCAAGAGGAUCCGCCAAGGAAACCUUCAUGCCGAAAGAGCUCAAGUUGUCCCCCAUCCAACAAAAAUUGUUUGUCACCUGGACGGGUCAUGACGACGAUGUUCCGGAAGGACAUGUGGGAGAGGUCUAUGACCUCAAAAUGA